GUAUUGAACAUUUCAAAGCUCUUGGAGUGAAAGAGAAACGAAAUAAAGAACCCCCCCCCCCCCAACUUCUGUCUCCCAGAUUUGAAACUCCAGUCUCCAGUCUUGUUCUUCCUCUCCCAUUCUUAUCUUAGCUUUUCUGCAAUGAGGCCUGCUUUGUUAGUCUCUCUUCUGUUACUGCUCUUUGUUGGGGCUCAAGGAAUUCGGUUGGAACAAGGGUUAAAAUCAGUUAUUCAGAAGAAAAGCCAGGAGGAGAUGGAAAGUAGGUUGAUUGAAGCAAGUAGCGGUGGUCUUGGGGAGGUCGUUCUAUGUAGAGACGGGCACUGUUCAGGGAGGAGUAGAAAACUUAUGACCCAGACACUCUCUACUUCUACAUCUACAACAACUACUUCAAAGAGUGUGAAGAAGAAUGGAGGUACUGAAAUCGACCCCAAGUCGAAGAACCACAGCAACAAAGGGUUCGGCGGCAAUGAAGAGAACUUCUCCGUUAAAUCAUCGCCGCUGCCUGCCGAGCACGGAGGAGCCACCCCGGAGCACUAUCCUGACAUCAUAGACAUAGCGGGGAUGGAUUAUUCUCCUGCAGGGAGGAAACCUCCUAUUCAUAACUGAAAGUUGGCAACACCCCUAGAAGGCUCUUUAGAUAGAAAAGGAGAAGAGAGUUUGGAAAAUAUCACAGAAAGAAAAUGUUGUUGCUUUUUUAGGGUUAGGGUAGAUCUUGUAUAUAGUAAUAUAUUCUAUUAUUUCAUACACUGUUUUGAUGAUUGAGUACAUAAUAAUCUAGGGCUUCACUAGUCUCUGUACCCAUCAAAUCUUAUAUUAUUUGAAAGGUGCCAAAAUAACAUGAGUUCAA